GGCGCCCUGAAUCGUCGGCCACCGGAGCCGCGGUCCGCGCGCCUCGAGAUUCGCCGGCCGAACAAGGCAAAUCACCGCGGCCGAGUUCCGCGGCGGCUGCCAACGCGCGUGUGGCCACCCCUCCCCUUGCCCUUUUCCCCUACCCAUAAAUCAAAUCCUCGCCGGGGAAGCGACGCAACCGAGAGCCGGCCACCGAGGCACCGACCAACAAGCGUGAACGCUUUCCCGUCAGUUUCCACUCGUGCACGAACAGACAUUCCCCUUCGACACACCGCCCGAUCAUCUGACGGCGAGCGCUGCCGCUUGACCUGAUCGCCAUGGAGACGGCGACGAUGAUGCUGCUGCAGCACGCGGCCGCACCGGCGUCGGGGUGGCGCCGGCAGGACGGACGCGGGGCGCCGAACAGGGUCGUGUUCCGACGGGGGAGGCAACAAGGUGGCGGCUGCAGGGAUCUCAGGGCCGCCGGGCUCGGCCGGUUCUUCGGCGGCGGCGACCACAACAACCAGAACCACGAGGUGGAGGACUUUGCCCCGGCGAGGCUGUUCGUGGGCCUGCCCAUCGACUCGGUCACGGACGGCGCCACGGUCAACAGCGCGGCGGCCGUCGCGGCCGGGAUACGCGCCGUCAGGCUGCUGGGCGCGGACGGCGUGGAGCUGCCGGUGUUCUGGUCGGUGGCGCAGCCCGAGUCCCCGGACCGCUUCUCCUGGGCCGGGUACCUGGCCGUCGCGGACAUGGUGCGCGCCGAGGGCCUCAGCCUCCGCGUGUCGCUCCGCGCCCACGGCACGCCCGGCGGCGGCGUCCCCACGCUGCCCGCGUGGGUGAGCGGCGUCGCCGCCGACGACCCCGACAUCUUCUUCACCGACCGCUCCGGGGCGCGCCACGAGGGCUGCCUCUCCUUCGCCAUCGACGAGCUCCCCGUGCUCCGCGGCAGGUCCCCGCUCCAGCUCUACGAGGCCUUCUUCCGCGGCUUCGCCGCCGCGUUCGAGGACUUCUUCGACGACUCCACCAUCACCGACGUGACGGUUGGGCUGGGCGUGCACGGCGUGCUCCGUUACCCGUCGUACCCGCCGGGCAGCGACGCCCGCAAGUUCACCGGGGUGGGCGAGUUCCAGUGCUACGACAAGUACAUGCUGGCGCAGCUGCGGCGGGAGGCCGAGGAGGCGGGGAACGCCAUGUGGGGCCUGUCGGGGCCGCACGACGCGCCGCGCUACCACGAGUCGCCGGACUCGUGCGGCUUCUUCCGGGAGCGCGGCGGCUCGUGGGAGACCCCCUACGGCGACUUCUUCCUGUCGUGGUACGCCGGGCAGCUGGUGGGCCACGGCGACCGCGUCCUGGGCAUGGCCAGCGCCGUGUUCGCCGGCAAGCCGGUGGAGCUGUCGGCCAAGAUCCCCUUCAUGCACUGGUGGCACGGGGCGCAGUCGCGGCCGGCGGAGGCGGCGGCGGGGUUCUACAAGAGCGGCAAGAAGAACGGCUACAGCCCCGUGGCCAAGAUGUUCGCGCGGCACGGGUGCACGAUGGUGGUGCCGGGCAUGGACGUGUGCAUGAACAAGCAGCACCACAGCACCGGGUCCAGCCCCGACCAGCUGCUGGUGCAGAUCAAGAACGCGUGCCGCCGGCACGGCGCGCGCAUCGCCGGCGAGAACGCGUCGCUCGUCAUGACGCACACCAGCAGCUUCUCCCGCAUCCGGAGCAACAUCCUCACCGCCGAGUUCAUGCGCCCCUGCCACUUCACCUACCAGCGCAUGGGCGCCGAGUUCUUCUCGCCGGACCACUUCCCGCAGUUCAUGGAGUUCGUGCGCAGCGUCGUGUGCGGCGAGUGGGACGAGGACGACGGGCCCUGGCCCGCCGACGACGAGGACCGCGCCAUGGCCGCAACGGAGGCUUGACGUACGAGUAUUUAUUAUUAGCUCACAAGGCAGAUGAUCCGAGUAUGUAUGUAUGUAUGUAUGUAUGAUGAUGAUGCUUUUUGUAUUUUCAUUGAGGUUUUCGAUCUGUCAUUGGUUAUAUGUAUGUAUUGUUGAGCUCAACAUGGGAUGUGACCCCC